AUGCGGCAGAGGAACACCAACUAUGGUGGAAGUUUUAUGAACAAAAACUCAAUUAAUACAAAUGAAAUGUCUCCAAUAAAAACUAAGUCUCAGUUUAAAGAGUGCUCAAUAUUUGAUAGGCAUUUGCAAUUUAUGAUAAAAAGCAAAUACAUGCAAAGAAAUGCGAACUAAGAAUCUAAAUAAGAUUCCUUCAAUAUGCAUUUCAAAGAUCCCUUAAGUCCGACAGAUUUGCAGGCACAAACCUAAGAGGAAAUAUUCCGCACUUAUACAGCUUUUAAAAGACCUAUCAAUUUCAUGAACUAUUCUACCUAUGAUUAUGAUUUAAUAAAUGGCUAGCCAAGUCCAGAGCAUUUAAAAUAAUUCUUCGAUAAGCGAAUGGACUAUAAAUAGUAAAGAUAAGAAUUGAAAUUGCAAUAUGAUCUCAGAGAGGAUGAACAAAAGAGGAUUGGAAAUAUGACUCAAUAGAAAUAUAAAGAGAAUAAUGUGAUGAUCAAGGAUAGACUUAAAAAGCUAAAGUUCCACAUCCUGAAAAACAUCAAAAAUAUCAAAUAAGAUCCUAUUAGGAGUCAGAGCACAAACAGCAGAUUAAUGAAUCAUAGUAUCAUGGAAAGUUAGUUGAAAUAUAAUGUAGUGGGAUAAGGGCAUCUAAAUGGCUUUAGCACUUAAAAAAGUUCUUACACUGGCUAGCUACAUCAAUAGCAGAUAUAAAACGUCAGCAGGAAUAGUUAUCAAGGGGGCAUAAAUAAGACUUUUGAUAAUUAAAACCUAAAUGAUAAAAACAAUGAAAAUAUUAAAAUCAUAUAAAAUGCAGUGAAUAAACUUGAUUUUGAGGACAUUUAUCAGAAUCUGUUUACUAAAAGCAACAAUCCCAAAGUUGUCCCUGAAAGAGUUAAAUCUACUGAUCUUGAUUAUAAAAAGAAGGUGAAUGGAGUGAUCAAUCUUAAAAGAAACUCAGCACUUCCUUUGACAUCAACUUAAAUAGAGUAAAAUAUCAUCAAAGAUCACUAAUUCUAACCCUCCCAAGAUGCAAUUAGUUUGAUGGGUUAGAGAAAAAUAAUAAAAAAACACUAAUUUUCUCAAGAAGAAGCAUCUAAUGUUUAGAAACAAGAAGAUAACUCUUAUAAAGAUGAUCUUUUAUCUAUUCGAUCUAGGCUUACUAAGACAAACCUAGAAAUAUUGCAAAAAGGCAGGAAAGACAUUAAAUCUUAGCUAUCAAAGAAGAGCCGGAUUGGUGGGGAUACUUUCAACACUGGCUCAGAUUAUUUCAACAUUAGAGCGAUGACAGUAAAAUCUAGAGAAGAUAGAUUUUCUAAACUUAGCCAACCUGAAUAAGGAGGAAAUGCAACAAAAAACAACCAAGAUGCAGCAUCACAAAUAGGCAAGAAAAUUGAAAUGAAUAUUACUAUCACAGAUGUGAAGCUUGAUGAUCACAAUAAGUUUGGCAAAAACAGUCAUAAUUUAGAGGAAGUAGAAGAUGAUGAUGAUGAUGAGUUUGAUGAAAUUGAGGAAUUGGAGAACCGAUAUGAGAUGGAAGAUGAGGUAAAGACUCUUAACGGCCACGAAAAAGCUCACAGCAAUGAUAAAGAUGAGACAAGCACGAUCUUUUCACUUAAUAAAUCUGUGGGAGGUUAGUCUAUAGUGUCUAAUAAGUCUGGCAAGCCGUACUCCGACAAAAGUGCGAUCAAGAUAAAUAGUCUGGAGAAGCAACUGGAAAAGGAGAAAAAGGAAAGAGAGAAGUUACUUAAGAUUAUAGAGAAGCUAAAGGAUGAUAAGUAAAACGAUCACUAGCAAAAUGAUAGCCAAUCAGUGACCAGUAGUAAAAAGUAAAUUGAACUAGUUAGCUUUAGAGGUAAUAAUAAGUCUUAAAGAUGA